AUGUUUCGCCAUCUUCUCUUUAUUUCCCUGGCAGCUGCCACAAACCUCUACGCUACACACUACGACGGCAAUAUCUACUCUCUUUCUCUCAAUGGAAGCUCGCUAUCAAUCACUUCAUCGUUGAAGUCAUGCGGCGAUCCUAGCUGGCUGACAUUCGUUUCGCCAACGCGCACGCUCUACUGCUCCGACCACGCAGGCGACGAUAUUGUCAACGGCUCAUUGAGCUCAUACGCAGUCGACAGCAAUGGCAGACUGACGGAGCUUGCCAAAGUGGCCGACGUAGGGGCCGCCGUGCACAGCACCGUUUAUACCGGCGAGGGAGAUACGUACCUGGCUGUUGCCCAUUACGGCGGCUCUGCCCUGUCCACAUUCAGACUCCCUAUACGGCCGGAUGACGAGGCCUUGCAGGUCUUCCGCUAUACACUGUCCGAACCGGGUCCCGAUUCUAGACAGGACGCACCGCACCCACACCAGGUGAUCCUCGAUCCAACGGGCACAUUUCUUCUCGUUCCCGAUUUAGGAGCCGACCAGGUCCGGGUGUAUGCCAUUGACAAGGCCUCGGGGCAUCUGAAUGCGUGUCCAUCUGUCAACUACACUGCAGGCAGCGGCCCACGACACGGGCUGUUCUGGAGAUCAGAACCACACUCCAAGUCUCCAGUAACCAUGCUAUAUACCGUCAGCGAACUAGGCGGACAUUUCAAUGCAUUCGCCGUCUCCUACCCACCUGGCUGUCCCGUAUUCAAAGAAACCCAGUCCUUCAUUCCAUACCCAGGCGGACAGUUAACAGGAAACUCCACGCUAUCCGAACUCCGCAUGCAUGGGAAUUCCCUCUACGCUUCAGUCCGGUAUGACCAGGGCUUUGCUCCAAACGACUCCCUCGCGACGCUGGUACAGUCACCCAACGGGACAGUGCGAUUCGGCGAGAUUACCUCGUCAUAUGGCAGUGUCCCGCGCACGUUCGCGAUUAACAAGAAUGGGACUCUGCUGGCGGUUGGGAACCAGGCUUCGUCGAAUGUAGCCGUUAUCAUGAGGGAUCCGUCGAGUGGGAGGCUUGGUAGAUUGCUUGCGAGCUUGCAGGUUGGAGAGCCGGGGGAGGCGAGUAAUUCGUCGUCGGGGCUGAGUAGUAUUAUCUGGGAGUAGCUGCUUUUAUCUGAUGGAGGGAUAGCAUACGUGCAAUGAUUAUGUAUCUAGAAGAUAGCGUAAGAAAGGUAUAGGUACAACUAGGUUCACCACCCGGCUCCAUAUGAUCACCGGGUGGAGAAUUCAAGAUCGAGUUAAGGUUACAGUCUGUUUGCAUCAGAGCUGUCCAACACUCGUUUGCAUCUGCAGUGGGCUGUCGCAGCCCGAGUUACACAGCCGGACUCGAGAGCCGACAGUUGCACGUUUCUCAAUGUAUGGAUGG